AUGAAGCGCGGGGCGUCGGAGUCGUCGGACGCGACGAGCCAGGCGACGACGACGCCGCCGCGGACACCCAAGACCCCGAACAACAAGCGGCCGGCGUACUACGUGCAGAGCCCGUCCCACGACGGCGGCGGCGACAAGUCGUCGUCGUCGACAACGACGACGACGGCGCACACCACGCCGGUGUACAACAGCCCGCUCGAGUCGCCCUCGCACGCUUCCUCCACGGGCCGCCACUCCAGGGUCUCCUCCGCCACCCGCUUCUCGGGCACGCUGCUCCGGUCCGCCUCGCCAGCCGCCAGCAGGUCCGCUGGCGCCGGGCGGAAGAAGCGGCACGGCGGCGGAUCUGGCCUCAAGAAGAAGAAGUGGCGCGAGGUGGGCAGCGUCAUUGACGAGGAGGCGGCGGACGAGUCAGACGACGAGGUCGACCAGGAGCAGGAGGAGGAGGAGGAGCUCCCGGUGUGCUGCGGGGUGGUCUUGUGCGCAUUGAUCCUCGCGUUCGCCGCCGCCUGCCUUGUCGUCUGGGGCGUUGCUCGCCGCUACAAACCCACCGUCGUCGCCAAGAGCCUGACAGUGCACAACUUCUACGCCGGGGAAGGCACGGACCGCACCGGGGUGCCGACGAAGCUGGUGACACUAAACUGCUCGCUGGCGAUGUCCGUCCACAACCCUUCCACCAUGUUCGGCAUCCACGUCUCCUCGAGCUCCAUCCGGCUCAUGUACUCGGAGAUCGCCAUCGCCACCGGUCAGCUCCAUAAGUUUUACCAGCCGAGGAAGAGCCGCCGCGCCGCGGCCGCGGUCCUGCACGGCGAGAAGACGCCGCUCUACGGAGCCGGCGCCACGCUUGUGGUGGCUAACGACGCCGGAGGCAAAGGGAAGGUGCCGCUGACGCUGGAGCUGGCGGUCAAGACCAGAGGGCACGUGAUCGGGAGGCUUGUGAGGGUGAAGCACGCCGUGCGCGUCAGGUGCCCGGUCGCCAUCGACCCGGGCAGCUCCAGGCCGCUCCUCAAGGAGGCGAAGAAGUUGCGGUUGGCCUCCUCCUCUUCUCUGUCGGCUCAGACUCAGAUAUUUGCUUGUGGCAAUGGCGUUGUUCUCGGAGGCUCCCCCGGGAACCCCAAGGUGGGCGAGAAGAUCUUCAAGACCAAGUGCGCGCAAUGCCACACGGUCGAGAAGGGCGCCGGCCACAAGCACUGA